UCAACCAGGCACAAUUAUAAAGGAAAAUGGAGGCUGACUCUUUUCCCAAGAGUAUUUUCUGCUUGCAGAGCUCCCCCGGAGGAGGAGAGGGAAAAUGAAGUCUCUACCCCAGCUUCACCCCCAGAAGAACCAAGUAAAGAGAAGGAGGCCGGAACUGGAAAAGGCAAAGAACCAAGUAAAGAGAAGGAGGCCGGAACUGGAAAAGGCAAAGAUGAAGAGGAAGCCUCCCCACCUAACGCUGUGCCUCCAGGUGUGGGUAGUCCGGCCCUGGAAAGAAAAGAUUCAGAAUCAUCUGUUGGUGAAUCACCGGCUGGGGAGGGACAAGACAAGCAGAAUGUCAACCAAGGACCCACCCUGUUUGUGGAAAGACCUCAAUCAGGAACAGUAAAAGUUGGUGAAAACAUCACGUUUAUAGCCAAAGUCCAGGCUGAAGACCUGCUUAGAAAGCCCACCAUCAAAUGGUUCAAAGGGAAGUGGAUGGACCUGGCCAGCAAAGCUGGGAAACACCUCCAGCUGAAAGAAAGCUUUGAAAGGCAUUCUCGGGUGUACACAUUCGAGAUGCAGAUCAUCAAGGCCAAAGAGAACUAUGCCGGAAACUACAGGUGUGAGGUCGGCUACAAGGAUAAGUCUGACAGCUGCUCAUUUGAUCUUGAAGUACACGAAUCUACUGGGACUACUCCAAACAUUGAUAUCAGAUCUGCUUUCAAGAGAAGUGGAGAAGGUCAAGAGGAUGCAGGAGAACUUGACUUUAGUGGUCUCCUGAAACGUAGGGAGGUGAAGCAGCAGGAGGAAGAACCUGAGAUUGAUGUGUGGGAGCUGCUGAAAAAUGCAAACCCCAACGAGUACGAGAAGAUUGCCUUCCAGUAUGGCAUCACUGACCUGCGUGGGAUGCUCAAGCGGCUCAAGCGCAUGCGCAGGGUGGAGAAAAAAAGCGCAGCUUUUUCAAAAAUUCUUGAUCCAGCAUAUCAGGUUGAUAAAGGUGGCAAAGUUAGGUUUGUCGUGGAACUGGCAGAUCCAAAGUUGGAGGUGAAAUGGUUUAAAAAUGGUCAAGAAAUUCGGCCCAGUACAAAAUACAUCUUUGAACAUAAAGGAAACCAAAGAAUCAUGUUUAUCAAUAACUGUUCGCUGACAGAUGAUUCAGAGUAUUAUGUGACAUGCGGUGAUGAGAAAUGUUCCACUGAGCUCUUUGUGAGAGAACCUCCAAUUAUGGUGACUAAACAACUGGAAGAUACACAAGCUUACUGUGGGGAGAGAGUAGAGUUAGAAUGUGAGGUGUCUGAAGAUGAUGCCAAUGUAAAAUGGUUUAAGAAUGGCGAGGAGAUCAUUCCUGGUUCAAACCCGCGAUACAAGUUUCGAAGUGAGGGCAAAAAACGCUUUUUGAUCAUAGAAGGAGCAACAAAGUCUGACACUGCAGAAUAUUCUGUAAUGACAACAGGAGGACAAUCAACUGCUAAACUUAGUGUUGACUUGAAACCUCUGAAGAUAUUGACACCUCUGACUGAUCAGACUGUGCAACUUGGAAAAGAAAUCUGCUUGAAGUGUGAAAUCUCUGAACCUGUACCAGGAAAAUGGACUAAAAAUGGCCUGCCAGUUCAAGAGAGUGAUCGCCUAAAGGUUGUUCACAAAGGAAGAAUCCAUAAGUUAGUGAUAGCCAAUGCUCUCAUUGAGGAUGAAGGGGAAUAUGUAUUUGCACCAGAUGCUUACACUAUUACUUUGUCUGCCAAAGCUCACGUUAUUGAUCCUCCUAAAAUCAAACUGGAUGGCCUUGGUCCUGACAACACGGUGACAGUGAUUGCGGGAAAUAAGCUUCGUCUUGAGAUUCCCGUCAGUGGAGAACCACCCCCUAAAUGCAUGUGGAGCCGUGCAGAUAAGGCUAUCAUGGAAGGCAGUGGACGCAUAAGAGCUGAGUCUUACCCUGACAGCAGCACUCUGGUUAUUGAUGCAGCGGAAAAAGACGACUCUGGUGUCUACCACAUAAAUCUGAAAAAUGAAGCUGGAGAAGCACAUGCAAGCAUCAAAAUUAAAGUUGUGGACAUCCCUGAUCCUCCAGUGGCCCCAAAUGUGUCAGACGUGGGAGAUGACUGGUGCAUAAUGAGCUGGCAACCUCCUGUCUAUGAUGGAGGGUCCCCAAUCUUAGGAUACUUUAUUGAAAGGAAAAAGAAACAAAGCUCCCGAUGGAUGAGGCUGAAUUUUGAUCUCUGCAAAGAAACAACUUUUGAGCCCAAGAAGAUGAUUGAAGGUGUUGCCUAUGAGGUCCGCGUCUUUGCUGUCAAUGCCAUUGGCAUCUCCAAGCCCAGUAUGCCCUCCAAACCUUUUGUUCCUUUGGCUGUAACCAGCCCUCCCACCCUUCUGGCUGUCGACUCUGUAACUGAUAACUCGGUCACAAUGAAGUGGCGGCCCCCAGACCAGAUUGGUGCAGCAGGUUUAGAUGGCUAUGUGCUAGAGUAUUGCUUUGAAGGAACUGAGAACUGGAUAGUUGCAAACAAUGAUCUGAUCGACAAGACCAAGUUCACCAUCACAGGUCUGCCAACGGAUGCCAAGAUCUUCGUGCGUGUGAAGGCUGUGAAUGCCGCCGGUGCCAGCGAGCCCAAGUACUACUCCCAGCCCAUUCUCGUGAAGGAAGUCAUAGAGCCUCCAAAGAUUCGCAUCCCAAGGCACCUGAAACAAACCUAUAUUCGCAGAGUUGGAGAAGCUGUUAAUCUGGUUAUACCUUUCCAGGGAAAACCAAGACCAGAAUUAACUUGGAAGAAGGAUGGUCAAGAAAUCGAUAAGAAUCAAAUAAACAUUCGUAACUCCGAUACUGACACAAUCAUAUUUAUCAGAAAAGCAGAGAGGAGCCACUCUGGGAAAUAUGAUCUACAGGUCAAAGUGGAAAAAUUCACGGAAAAUGCAUCCAUCGAUAUCCAGAUUGUUGACCGUCCAGGUCCACCCCAACUUGUGAAGAUUGAGGAUGUCUGGGGAGAGAACGUUGCUCUGUCAUGGACACCACCAAAGGAUGAUGGAAAUGCCGCAAUUACAGGGUACACGAUCCAGAAGGCUGACAAGAAGAGUAUGGAAUGGUUCACUGUCAUUGAGCAUUAUCACCGAACAAAUGCUACCAUUACUGAACUGGUCAUUGGAAAUGAAUAUUACUUCCGGGUCUUUGCUGAAAACAUGUGUGGGCUCAGUGAGAAUGCUACAAUGACUAAGGAGAGCGCUGUGAUUGCCAAGGACGGGAAAGUCUACAAAAAUCCAGUGUACGAUGACUUCGAUUUCACAGAGGCACCCAUGUUUACUCAGCCUUUGGUUAACACCUAUGCCAUCGCUGGUUACAAUGCCACCCUUAACUGCAGUGUGAGAGGAAAUCCUAAGCCCAAAAUAACCUGGAUGAAAAACAAAGUUGCUAUCGUGGACGACCCAAGAUACAGGAUGUUCAGCAACCAAGGGGUCUGUACUCUGGAGAUCCGCAAGCCCAGCCCCUAUGAUGGAGGCACUUACUGCUGUAAAGCCGUCAAUGACCUUGGGACAGUGGAGAUCGAGUGCAAACUGGAGGUGAAAGGUGGUCUUUCCUUCUGCAGGCUCCUCUUGCAAGGCGUGCCUCCUAACAUAGUCGAUUCUUAUUUGCGAGACUUGCAAUCAAGCAAUCCUGAGGAAUACUAAGGGCCUGGCUGCUGCCUCUCUACACUGCAGUGCCUUGAAAUCUGGUUGCAGUGAGAAAGCGUUUUCUGUUCCCACCAGGCACCCAAAUGUGGUCACUUUAUUUCCUCCUAAUGUUGAAGAAAAAAAAUGUUUUCACGGAUUGCUUCAUUAAAAAUCGCAAACAAAAUCUCAUUGGA